CUGAGAUGUGAGGCGACAUAGUACACACACGGCCAACGAAUCAAAAAACUAUCGAAAGCAGAGAAACAGUGUUGAUUGUUGUGAACGCGGAAGUGUAUCGCAUAACUCUUCGUAAGUCAACAUAAACCCACUUCACAUAAUUGGUUUCCAACAUAAAUCUGUACCUGUAAGUAUGUCUUGAGCUGACAACAACCCGAUAACACAUGGAUUCUGGAGAACGACCUUUUCCUUGCAAAUUGGAUGGAUGUAGGCUGAGUUUCACCACCGAAGACCAUUUGAACGCACAUCGCAAGAAACACGAUAUGUUGCUAAAUUUGGAGUUGCCCAACAAGUCGAACCUCUUCGCGGAUCAAACACCGACCCCGACCCGUCUCAUUGGCAAGUGCGAGGAAGUGGGUCUCUUUGACGACCUUCAGAGAGUGAAUCCAUUCGAGGAAACCUUUCGCCGAGCCGUCGAAAAGAGUUCCGGUUCGGGGGAAAGCUCGAGUGAGAAAACUGAAUCUUCUACGCUUGGGCCCGUGGGCACCGGAGAUGAAACACUGCAUACACCGCAUGUAUUUCCGCUUCUGGAAAGGCGCGACAGUCAUAAGCUUUCGAAGCUGAUAAUUUCAAGGUCCAACUCUAGAAAAGAUGAUGAUGCGAUCAGUCAAACAGUACCGAUACCUGAUAACCGACAAUCAACGAAACGGAAGCAAAAACAUCUACACAAUUCCAGCAAUAAAAAGCCACUCGUUAGAGUGCUACCUAAAGCAACGCCUACUACGCAACCUGUGAUAAUAAUUUCGUGCGAGAAGAAAGAAACAUUGCCGAGUAUUAAACCGUCUAGCCCGUUGCAUCCCGUAAAGGCUAAACUGAAGAAGUACCUAGCUAGAAACGGCCAUCUGGCGGAAACGACGACAGGUGAAGCGAAGCAAACUACUACAGUCCGCGCUACAGUGGUUAAUGCAUCGUCUUCGAGCUCUCAAAAGGUCGUUGAACGUGAUGAUGUUCCACAGAAUAAACCAAAAGAACGGGUACAGGAGGAAUCCACGGAUCAGAAACAUGAACGAUGGAAAAUGGCAGCCAAGCGUUAUCGAACACGCGUGAAACAAAACCAAGACAAGCUCCAUAAGAAAACUCUCGAACUGGAAGAGGAAAAUCUGCGUCUGAAGACGGAACUAGCUCGGAUGCAGCACAUGCUCUCGUUGCACAAGGAUUGUUCGGUAACGCGAGCGCUGCAAGUCGGAACGAUUGUAUCUACCAGUACUGGCGCGGCUGGUCCGUCCUCUACUGCUAAGGCAGUGCUCGUUCCGAUGGUCGUUGGUGGUCACCAGCCACAGCAGCAGCAGCAGCUGAUUGUUCAACCCGGCGUUGAGGUUGUCCCGUGCUCGACUCCAGCGUUAAAACCUGUUUUGCCUACUGCCGGUACUAGUGGUAAUCCAGUUUAUAUUAUAUUAGGAAAUAUUAACACGGUGUCAGAGUUGGCUAAACCAAUUUAGGUACAGAUUACAAGAGCCAGGAUUGUUUGGUUGUAUAUUUGCAAAGCAAAUUUAUUUACUUAAUAAAGUAUUGAAGUUUUAGAAAUUUGUUG